AAAAAACGCCGUCUACAAAAAAUUUUCACAAAAAAACAAGCUGCCGAAUAUAUUUGUCGAGUUGUCACAUAAAAUUUAUUUAUUUCAUUAAAAAUGGCCACAAAAGCAAAAAAAGAAGAAAAACCCCAAAAAGAAAAACAAAUUAUCGAAGAGGUUGUUAAAAUCAACAAAUGGGAUGGCUCCGCUGUCAAACACGCACUCGACGAUUCCGUUAAAAAUGCUCUUUUAGAUCGUCCAAAUUUUAAAGAACAAUUUGGUCUAAUUAACACCCGACUCUUAAUUUGUGGUCUCGCAGUUGGAGUAGCUUUACUCGCCCAUGGCUGGGAUUAUGCUCAUCCAUUCCCCGAAUCUAAACCUGUUUUAAUGUUUAGUGUUUUGUCAUAUUUCUUGCUGAUGGGAGUGCUGACUCUCCACACAACUUAUCGCGAAAAAGGAACUUUUGCUGUGGCAGUUCAAAAAGACGCCAAUGGAAGUACAAAAACUUGGGAAGCUAGUUCGGAUAUGAGGAAAUACGAUGACAAAUAUAUGCUUGUUUUGUCUGUAAAAGAUUCCAAGUCGGAGAGGGAAGCUACAACUGUUAAAUCGUGCGCUAAUUUCAUUGAUACAAAUGGAGUUAUUGUCGACAGUUUGGUUGCAAAUGAAUUGAAUCGGUUAUUCCAUUCGUUGACCGCUGAGAAGAAGGAGAAGUAGCUUGUGGAAGGAAUUCAUAUUAUUUAAAUUUUAAUUAUUCAAAAAUAAGUAUCUUUCCAUUUAUAAAAUAAAACAAACUUAAGAAACAAAAAAAAAAUAAAAACAAAA